GUCAACUACACAUCUAUGAUAUGUUUACAUAGAUUCGUUACGUUUUUCUAUCCCUUAAGAAACACCAGAUGGAGAUCACUUCAGAAAAUUCUAUGUCCUUGCUCUUUUGCUUUAUCUCAUCAUGUUUCCUUGUCUUCAUCACCGCAAGAUUCCGACGGGGCUCUCGCCUAACCGUUACGCUGCCUCCUGGACCUCCACGAUUACCGUUCAUCGGAAACAUUCACCAAGUUGGUAAAAACCCACACCGCUCAUUCGCCGACCUCUCAAAAACCUAUGGACCAGUAAUGAGCCUUAAUCUUGGAUCUUUAAAGUCGGUGGUCAUAACUUCACCAGAAGCUGCAAGAGAGGUUCUAAGAACACAUGACCAAAUCUUGUCUGCCCGUAAGUCUACUGACUCGAUACGGUCCGUUGGUCACCACGAAGUUUCAGUCAUCUGGCUUCCUGCGUCGUCUGCUCGUUGGAGGAUGUUGAGGAAAUUGUCGAUAAAUCAGAUGUUUUCACCGCAGCGUAUGGAAGCCAGGAAAGCUCUCCGAAUGAAGAAGGUGCAAGAGCUUGUGAGCUUCAUGCAUGAGCGUAGUGAGAAAGGAGAGGCUGUUGAUAUCUCUCGUGCAUCUUUCACCACAGUUCUUAAUAUCAUAUCAAACAUUCUGUUUUCAGUUGAUCUCGGUAGCUACGACGUCACGAGCAAAUCCAAUAGAUUUCGGGACACGGUGAUUGCUACAAUGGAAGCUGCCGGGAAACCAGACGCUGCCAAUUACUUUCCGUUUAUGAGGUUUCUUGACCUGCAAGGUAAUAGGAAGAAUAUGAAGGCUUGCACUGAGAGAUUGUUUAGGGUUUUCCGUGGAUUCAUUGAUGCUAAACUGACGGAGAAAUCAUUGGAUAACUCUAAAGAUGUCUCAGACAGCGACUUCCUAGAUGCGCUUCUCGUCCUAGUGGAAGGAGAUGAAACCGAGCUUGACAACAACGAUAUUGAACACCUUCUAUUGCAGGCACGGAUACAAGCUCUAGCACCCUAGAGUGGGCAAUGGCAGAGUUACUUAAUAACCCAAAAUCACUAGCCAGAGCUCAAGGCGAGAUGGAUUGUGUGAUAGGCCAA